AUGUCUCGAGCGGUUGUCUCGUUCACUGGGUUUCGAGACCGUGUGCUUGUUAAUCGCCUGGCCUCUCUUGUUCAUUGGAUGGGUGGGAGUGUUCGUCGGCGACUAGACGCCGAUGUGACUCACCUAGUCGCCUAUCGCUGCGCCGGUGAAAAAGUUCGUAAGGCGGCUUUGACAUCUACAAAUAUCACCACAAUGAACGCGUCAUGGAUAGAAUCUGCGUGGGGCUUGCGCACUUCCAAUCCAUUUUUCGAUUCAACAGAAGUCGAGUUUGUGAACAAACAUCGGGCUAAAGUUUUUCAAUCGUGUUGUAUCUUCUUUGUGGGCUUCCCCGUGCAUAGCCAAACACUGAAGGAGCUAAGGGAUCUUGUGCGGGAGCACAAUGGUUCCUUGGCAAAAAGUUUAUGCGAUGAGCGGCUCACGCAUGUGAUUGUUUCGGACGAAUGGACGGCCACCCCAGGAUCUCCGGUUUUGAAGGAUAUAAGCGACCUAAUCGUCAACUCUGCGAAUGCAGCUGUGCAGGAGUUCAGUACCGACGUCGCUCAGCAGCUCUGCUCUGAGCUAAGGGAGGUCUCAUUCCGUGUGCCUGUCCUGCGCCUGGAUUGGUUUUGGAAGUCCCUCCAAUGCACUUAUAUUUGCCAC